UUUCACUAAAAUAUAAAACCUCCGCCACUCAACUCAGUAGCUGUUUCUCUCUCUGUAAUCACGCUUCUCUUGGCGCCUUGAACUCAGCACAGUUUUGACAGUUAGUUAUUAUCAGAUCUGUAGUAUUGCACCUCAUGAAAUAAAGAUAGUACUUCGUAGAUUCGCAAAACCCUAAGGAAAACAAUGGUGUACACAAUCUCUGGUGUUCGUUUUCCUACUGUUCCAUCGCUUCACAAAUCCCCUGCUUUCACUUCCAAUGCUGAUCGGCGGAAUCCUAGCGUUUCUGUCUUCUCGAAAAAGCACUAUGUUUCACGUACUACCUUCCUCUGUGUCUGUGUGGAAGAUCUUUGCUGAAAAGUCUUCUUACGAGCCCGAAUCCCGAUCUUCUACAGUUGCAGCAUCAGGGAAAGUCCUUGUUCCUGGCAGCCAGAGUGGUAGCUCCUCAUCCUCAACUGAACAAUUGGAGGUUGCUGAUACAGUUCCAGAAAAUUCCCUGGCAUCAACUGAUGUAGAUAGUUCAGAAAUGGAACAUGCUAGCCAGAUUAAAGCUGAGAACGGUGACGUCGAGCCAGCAAGUGGUCUUAAAGGAAAUUUUGAAGAGCUGGAUUUUGUGUCAUCACUACAACUAGAAGAAGGUGGUAAACUGAAGGAGUCCAAAACAUUAGAUACUUCUGAAGAGACGAUCAUCGAUGAAUCUGCUAGAGUUAGAAAGAGGGGCAUUCCUCCACCUGGACUUGGUCGGAAAAUUUACGAAAUAGACCCCCUUUUGACAAACCAUCGUCAACACCUUGAUUACAGGUUUUCAGAGUACAAGAAAAUGAGGGAGGCAAUUGACAAGUAUGAGGGUGGUUUGGAAGCUUUUUCUCGUGGUUACGAAAAAAUGGGUUUCACUCGUAGUGCUACAGGUAUCACUUAUCGGGAGUGGGCUCCUGGUGCCAAGUGGGCUGCCCUCAUUGGAGAUUUCAACAAUUGGAACCCAAAUGCUGACGUCAUGACUCGGAACGAAUUUGGUGUCUGGGAAAUUUUUUUGCCAAAUAAUGUGGAUGGCUCUCCUGCAAUUCCUCAUGGGUCCAGAGUGAAGAUACGUAUGGACACUCCAUCAGGUGUUAAGGAUUCCAUUCCUGCUUGGAUCAAGUUCUCUGUACAGCCUCCUGGUGAAAUUCCAUACAAUGGAAUAUACUAUGAUCCACCCGAAGAGGAGAAGUAUGUAUUCCAACAUCCACGGCCAAAGAAACCAAAGUCACUGAGAAUAUACGAAUCUCAUAUCGGAAUGAGUAGUCCGGAGCCUAAAAUUAACUCAUACGUGAAUUUUAGAGAUGAAGUUCUUCCUCGCAUAAAAAAACUUGGAUACAACGCUGUGCAAAUUAUGGCUAUUCAAGAGCAUUCUUAUUAUGCUAGUUUUGGUUAUCAUGUCACAAAUUUUUUUGCACCAAGCAGCCGUUUUGGGACGCCUGAUGACCUUAAGUCUUUGAUUGAUAAAGCUCAUGAGCUAGGAAUUGUUGUUCUCAUGGACAUUGUUCACAGCCAUGCAUCAAAUAAUACUUUAGAUGGGCUGAACAUGUUUGAUGGAACUGAUAGUUGUUAUUUUCACUCUGGAUCUCGUGGUUAUCAUUGGAUGUGGGAUUCCCGCCUCUUUAACUAUGGACACUGGGAGGUACUUAGGUAUCUUCUCUCAAAUGCGAGAUGGUGGUUGGAUGAGUUCAAAUUUGAUGGAUUUAGAUUUGAUGGUGUGACAUCAAUGAUGUAUACUCACCACGGAUUAUCGGUGGCAUUCACUGGGAACUACAAUGAAUAUUUUGGAUUCGCGACUGAUGUGGAUGCUGUGGUGUAUUUGAUGCUUGUCAAUGAUCUUAUUCACGGGCUUUUCCCAGAUGCGAUUACCAUUGGUGAAGAUGUUAGUGGAAUGCCGACAUUUUGUAUUCCCGUUCAAGAUGGGGGUGUUGGCUUUGACUAUCGGCUGCAUAUGGCAAUUGCUGAUAAAUGGAUUGAGUUGCUCAAGAAAAGGGAUGAGGAUUGGAGAGUGGGUGAUAUUGUUCAUACACUGACAAAUAGAAGAUGGUCGGAAAAGUGUGUUUCAUAUGCGGAAAGUCAUGAUCAAGCUCUAGUUGGUGAUAAAACUAUAGCAUUCUGGUUGAUGGACAAG